UCAGCUCGAGACAUGCAGAGUCUAAAUAAAGCGCGUUUAGUCGCGCUCCUUCUCUCUCUCUCUCUCCUUCUCUCUCUCUCUCUCCAACACUGAAUGGGUUUCAGUGAGAGUAACGCUUUUUAUUCCCUCUGAAGAGCGCCUGCAUCCGCGUCUUCAGCAUGACUUCGUCGGAAUCCAGCGCGCCGGGAAAAGCGUAUCAACAAGAUCAGGAGCUGGUUGGGAGUAGCCCUCCGCAGAGGAACUGGAAAGGAAUCGCCAUCGCCCUGCUGGUCAUCCUGGUCAUCUGCUCUCUGAUCGUCACCUCCGUCAUUCUACUCACACCAAGUGAGGAUGACAGUCUGGCCUCCAAAAAGAAAGUCACGAUUGAGGAUAUCUUCAAUGGAAAGCUCGAGGCACAUGACCCUAAGGCAACAUGGCUUAGCGACACAGAAAUGCUGUACCAUACCCGUGAGGGAGAUCUGGUGAAGCACAACUUUCUGACAAAUACCAGCAAGACUUUAGUGGAUAAAAAGAUGUUUGAGAGUUUCCACAGCCAGGUAUCCCACAAACCAACCGAAUACCAAGUGUCUCCUGAUCUAAAAUAUGUGCUGUUGGCCUACAAUAUUGUGCCGCUUUAUCAGUAUUCCUUCAUGGCCCAUUACAUCAUCUGCAGCCUUGAUUCUCCAGAGAAAGUGGAACUGACCCCUAAUGAGGUCCAGAAUACCGCACUGCAGUAUGCCGGAUGGGGUCCCAAAGGACAGCAACUGAUAUUCAUCUUUGAGAAUAACAUCUACUACAAAGCGCAAGUGAACAGCGCAUCAAUCCGCCUGGUUUCCACGGGCAGUGUGGGAGUUAUAUUUAAUGGACUGGCUGACUGGCUCUAUGAAGAGGAGAUUUUCCAGAAUCACAUCGCUCACUGGUGGUCCCCAGAUGGUCUCAGACUGGCAUAUGCCACCAUCAAUGACACUCUGGUGCCGAAGAUGGAGAUACCCAUGUUUACAAGUGCUCUGUAUCCCAGCGGACAGGAGUACCGCUACCCGAAAGCUGGGGAGGAGAACCCUGACAUCUAUUUGUCAGUGGUGAGUCUGAACGGCCCUUUACACACAGUGAGGAUGAGAAAACCAGAAGACCCCCGAAUCAGGAAAGAGUACUACAUUACCAUGGUGAAGUGGGCGACCAGCACUAAACUAGCAGUAAACUGGCUGAACCGAGCACAGAACAACUCCAUCCUGACCUUAUGUGAAGCCACCACAGGCAUCUGCACCAAGAAACAUGAAGAUGAAAGCGACAGCUGGCUUCACAGACAGAAUGAACCCCCGCUUUUUUCCAGAGACGGUCUCAGGUUGUUCUUCACCCGAGCCGUUCCACAGGGGGGCCGAGGCAAGUUUUUCCACAUAUCCAUGUCCACUUCCCAGCCCAACAGCAGCUCAGACACACUACAGUCCUUGACGUCAGGAGACUGGGACGUGACGCAGAUUUUAGCCUACAACGAGGACACCAAACUUGUAUACUUUCUGAGUACUGAAGAUGAUACAAGUCGGCGUCACCUCUACAGUGCCAACACUACUGGGUCCUUCAACCGUCAGUGUCUUUCCUGUCAAUCCACCUGUGGCUACGUCAGUGGAUCAUUCAGUCCAGAUGCUAACUACUUCCUUCUCAACUGCAAAGGCCCGGUUGUGCCACACUCGGCCGUGUACAGCACCAGAGACGGAGAGUAUAAACAUGUGAUGGAUGUGGAGACCAAUGAGGAUUUGAACACCACCGUGAACAACACACAGAUGCCCAGAGUAGAGUACAGAAAGAUCAGCGUGGAGGAUUACAGUCUGAACACCCAGAUUCUGAUGCCAGCGGGGUUUAUAGACACGGCUCACUACCCCGUCCUGCUGCUGGUGGACGGCACCCCCGGUGGUCAGGUGGUGACGGAGCAGUUUCAAGUGGACUGGACCACGGUUCUGGUCAGCUCCUUCAACAUCAUAGUGAUGCGCCUGGAUGGCCGCGGCAGUGGGUUUCAGGGCACAAACCUCCUCCACCGCGUCAAGAAGAAACUGGGAGAGUUUGAGGAGAGAGACCAGCUGGAAGCUCUCAGAAAUAUAGCACAGUUGCCGUACAUUGACACCUCAAGAAUUGGAGUUUAUGGAAAGGCAUAUGGAGGAUAUCUGACCAGCCGACUCUUGCGCUCGGAUGAACCUACAAACAUGUUUAAAUUCAAAAUCAAGUGCGGCACUGCCAUCUCCCCCAUCACUGAUUUCUCUUUAUAUGCUUCUGCGUUUUCUGAACGCUAUUUAGGAUUACCGCGGUCCAAUAAGCGAGCGUAUGAGAUGACACAUUUAACAGACCACAUGGAGCAACUGAGGGACAAGAAACUCAUGAUAAUCCACCCGACGGCUGACGAGAAAGUCCAUUUUCAGCACACAGCCAAAUUUAUCACCAAUUUGAUAAAUGAGAAGGCUAAUUAUACAUUACAGAUCUACCCAGAUGAAGGCCACUUCCUUCACUCGAAAGACUCGCAGCAACAUCUCAGUCAGUCGCUGGUCAACUUCUUCGUGGAGUGUUUCAGACCGCCAGAGAUACCGCCCGAAGAGAAACUGGAGCAGGACAACGAGGAUGAUGGUUAAAGUCCCGUUCAUAUCCAGCACAAGCCAGCUUACAGCCCGAUAUGCAAACUCCUCCCCUCCAUUACACCCUCCUCCAUUCCCAUGUUAGUUCUGAUGGCUUCUCCUGAGCCUCUGCAUGGACCACGCCCCUCAACUCUGAUUGGCUCAUUGGAUCCAGGAAAGAGUUUGAAUGACUUGGUGAUAAAAUAACCUGUGGAGGUACCCGCUGAACCAUUCCACACCCUCACAGUGUGAGAACUGGAUGAACUGGAGUGAUUCAGAUGAACUGUCGAGCUCUUUUGCUUGUUCUCUUAUUCAUGCAUUGCUUACAGAAAGCUUUAAGAGAUGACAGCACAAUACACAGAUGAAUGAUUGGCCAGAGUACCGAAGCUGCAAAUUACUCAAUUAUUUUACCGGCUGCACAGCAUUCUGAGUUUAAUCCAGUUAGUACAGUUUAGGGCCUUUAUUUGGGUAGAAAUGUCAUUGUGAACUCAUUUGUUUCUGUCGUCAAUGUCAAAGUUAUCAGGCCUGUUAGUGCUGAACAAAUGUUCCUAAGAUUUCAUGUGUCAGCUGAAUGUGGCAUUUUACGUAAGAAAAAAAAAAGCAUAAAUCAUUGACAUAAAAAUUUUUACUGGGAUUCGUUGUGGUCGUUUCACAAGGCUUUUUGUUGCAUCAAAUGUGCUACAGUAAAACAGUUGCUUUAAAAUGUAUCUGUUGUAGUAAUGAUCCACAGAAUCCAUGUUGUUUAUUAGUGAAUCGGCUCAUUCUGAGAAGGAUAGUCUUCUUUGUUUCAACGAGUGCAGCUGCAAAUCUCUUCGGAUAUACUUUUGUCACUGUGCCUUAUUGGAAUAAACCUGCUCAAGACAGGCAGUCCAUGAGGUAGGACAAAUCAUUUAUGGAAAAAAGAUUCGAUUUAUGCUAUCAAACAGAGGACUAAGAACCAUGCCACAAUCCUGCCAAGAGCAUUUUCUUUAGUCCUGUGUACUGGUUAAGUACAGUAGGUUAACUGUGAAUUCAUAGGACUUGUGUCUUUGGGAAGGUAUGUGUUUGUUUUUUGUCAUACAUGGUUACGAAGGUCUUUGAAGGACGUUUUGCAUAGAAUAUAUUUUCUUGCUAUAUAAUUUGGCAUGGUGGAAAGAUGGUUUCUUUUGUGUAUCAUUACUUUUGACAGCUUGAAUGUUCCUAUGUGGUUCCACUGAAUUUAUUGUUGUAAGUGAAAUCCUGUCUUGUAAGCAGAUGCACUGAUGUGUAAAUUACUGUUUGGUCCCUAUGUGUUUACCUUGUACAUAAAGCAUUUUGAAAGCUA